AGUGGUGGCCCUGACUGCCGAGGAAAGGGUAGCCUAGGACAGUUGGCUGUUAAAGUGACACUGAUCCUCCCCGCCCCACCAGACCCCCGAUAAAGAGGCACGUCUCCCGCCGCGUGAGGGGGUGGGGAAAAGGGUAGUGAACUCGAAUCCAUCCUGGGAGGGGGGAGUGGAAAGUUCCCGCCCCAGGCAGCGGCAAGGCGGCAGCCACAGUUGAUUAUGGAAGAUUCACAUAAGAGUAACAGUUCAGAGACAGCACCUCAACCCAGUUCAACAAUUCAGGGGGCUCAUCUCUCUCAUAUUACUCAACAGGCAUCAUCCUUAUCAGAAAGUGAGGAAUCUCAGGACUCAUCUGACAGCAUAGGUUCCUCACAGAAAGCCCACGGGAUCCUAGCACGGCGCCCAUCUUACAGAAAAAUUUUGAAAGACCUAUCUUCUGAAGAUACACGGAACAGAAAAGGGGACGGAGAAAACCCUGGAGUUUCUACUGUCACUUCUAUGUCUGUUUCAACUCCCAUCUAUCAGACUAGCACUGGACAGUACAUUGCCAUUGCCCCAAAUGGAGCCUUACAGCUGGCCAGUCCAGGCACAGAUGGAGUACAGGGGCUUCAGACAUUAACCAUGACAAAUUCAGGCAGCUCUCAGCAAGGUACAACAAUUCUGCAGUAUGCUCAGACAUCUGAUGGACAGCAAAUACUUGUGCCCAGCAAUCAGGUGGUUGUACAGACUGCAUCAGGAGAUAUGCAGACAUAUCAGAUCCGUACCACACCUUCAGCUACUGCACUACCACAAACGGUGGUAAUGACAUCUCCUGUGACUCUUACAUCUCAAACAACUAAGACAGAUGAUCCCCAAUUGAAAAGAGAAAUAAGAUUGAUGAAAAACAGAGAAGCCGCUCGAGAAUGUCGCAGAAAGAAGAAAGAAUAUGUGAAAUGCCUGGAAAAUCGAGUUGCUGUUCUGGAAAAUCAAAAUAAAACUCUAAUAGAAGAGUUAAAAACUUUGAAGGAUCUUUAUUCCCAUAAAAGUGUUUGACACUUAAAAAAGAAAAUAUUUUUGUGGACUUGCCUAAGAAUUAGAUGGAUUUCCUUUCUUUUAAUGGAGUUUUUUUAAGUUAAAAGGUCAAAGAUGAAGCUUUUUAUUUCGGCUUUUGCAACUCAAAGAUAAUAUCUUAUACAAGAAAUCCAAUGGCAGAGGAUCAAGCGGGAAAUGACCUAAAGGAGGCUGCUGGCACAACUGGGAGCUUUUUAGAAUUAACAUACUGGAGACGCACGCAGGAAAUGAACUUUGAGCGAUCUGGAUUUUCUAAUUAACAAUAGUUAUCAGUAAUACAAAAAUGGCAGAUAAAAUUAAAAUUGCAUUUUUUAAAAAAAUUUAUCAAUAUACCCUCAAGGUUUGCAUUUCUUACUGUUUCCUGAAAUUUACCUUUUCAAUAAUACGUGUGUGUGGGCUUAUUUCUGCCAGUAAAUUCUAAAUUACAAA